CCUGCCCGCUCUUCACGGCUAAGUUGCGGCGCAUGCGCCUACUGCGCUGUCUGACCUUGCCUGCAGUCACCAUGUUGUCCCGCAGCAGCGUCCUCAUAUACCAGCCACAAUGGGGUCAAGUCAGGAACAUGGCAACUCUGAAGGACAUUACCAGGCGACUGAAAUCCAUCAAGAGUAUCCAGAAGAUUACACAGUCCAUGAAGAUGGUGGCUGCAGCCAAGUACGCGAAAGCUGAAAGGGAGCUGAAGCCAGCUAGGGUGUAUGGGACCGGAGCUUUAGCAUUGUAUGACAAAGCUGAAAUCAAGGCUCCUGAAGACAAGAAGAAGCAUCUUAUUAUCGGCGUGUCCUCUGAUAGAGGCCUUUGUGGUGCUAUUCAUUCCUCUGUGGCAAAAGCCAUAAAACAUGAAAUCGCAUUGCUUUCUGGUGGUGGAAAAGAAGUUAAAGUCAUUGGAAUUGGGGACAAGCUAAAAGGUUUACUUCAGAGGACUCAUGGUGAAAACUUUCUCCUGACCUUCAAGGAAGUUGGCAGGAAGCCUCCUACUUUUGGUGAUGCGUCUGUGAUUACUUCAGAGCUUCUAAACUCUGGCUACGAGUUUGACCAAGGCUCCGUGGUGUUCAAUAGAUUCAGGUCUGUGAUCUCUUAUAAGACUGAAGAAAAGCCAUUCUUUUCUCUUGACACAGUUGCAAAUUCUGGUAAGCAUUUAUGUUUUUUUUUCAUCUUUGGGAGGCUUGUAUACAUACUAAAAUCAUGGAAAAACUAGACCCAUCCAGUUUAC